AUGGCGACCGCACAAGCAUUCACCAGCUCUAGCUCAUCCACACCCCCCAACAAUCCCUCAAGUGCAAAUAUCAACUCCAUCGAACCAGGCACAGUCUUCUCCGAUGACUCCCCUCUCACCAGCUUCGUCGACUCUGGGGACUUUCCCUACGACUCCCCUACCCUCUCCUCUCCACCACCGCACACUGCCAACAAAAGCGGCGGCGGUGAUGGAAGUGGGAGUAAUGGAGGAGGAGGAGGAGGAUGGGACCAUAUCGGUCAGAUAGAAGUCAACUCGACCAUCGAAACCAUUCUAGUCGUCCUGGGAUUCGGUGUCGGCGCGUUGUUUGUGUUAGGUGUAGUAGCCAUGUAUUAUAUUACCCAUAAGAACCGUCGGGCGGAGGAGAAGAAGAAGCGGAGGGAGGAAGAAUCCGCAGGUGCUAAGUUUGGACAGAGUAGUACCCCUUUACCACUUUCGUCGUUGUCGUCGUCGUCGUCUUCAUCUUCGCUGCCGUCGCCAUCUCAUCCCAACAUCUCUGCCGGCACCGGCACUACAGCAGCAGCAGCAGUGGGAAGAGAGAACCCAGCCCACAGAAUCAUCAUCACCCGGAGCAUGACAGCCACUACCGCCAAUACGCGAGUCGGAGCCGGAGGACCCAAUGACGAGAAGGACAAUGGUGGAGGGAGUGGUGGACUGUCGCCGAUUGGGGAUGGGAAGUCGGAUAUGGUGUCGAUUUAUAUCGACGAGAUGCCAGACGAUGACGAGAUCCGCGCUCGACACCAUUGCGAUGAUGAUGGUCAUGGCGGUUGUGAGGAGAAGCAAGAGCUGGAUGAGAAGGAGGACGACGAGAAAUCUCCGUCUCAGGAACGGAACCUGAACCCUAUGAAUGCUUACUCUUCUCCUCACAACGGCCUCUAG